AUGGGUAAGGGUACUCCAUCUUUCGGUAAGCGUCACAACAAAUCCCACACUCUGUGUAACAGAUGUGGUCGUCGUUCUUUCCAUGUUCAAAAGAAGACCUGUGCUUCCUGUGGUUACCCAGCUGCUAAGACUAGAUCUUUCAACUGGGGUGCUAAGGCCAAGAGAAGAAACACCGUUGGUACUGGUAGAAUGCAAUAUCUAAAGCACGUCUCCAGAAGAUUCAAGAACGGUUUCCAAACUGGUACUGCCAAGAAGGCUUCUGCUUAA